AUGGAGUGUGCGUCAAACCCGCGCACUGGUAAAUCAACCCUCGCCGUCCCGUGUGAAAGCCCGAUAUGUUCUUUGUAUAGUUUGUGGCCUUGCGGCGACCCUGGUGGCCAAAAAGAUACACGAGUAGGGUAUAGGACGUCAUCUCGGGAUAGUGUUCGAAUGAGCAGGAUAGUCACGGACUUGGCAAUGCUUGAGGGUGUCCUCUCAGGCGCUACCUCAGCCGAGCGCCUGGUGCUACUACGGAUAUUCGCGCAGUACGAAGGUAUAGAACCUUCCGCACAAGAGAGGGCAGCGCCUCUGCUGUGCUUCAGGACAAUCCCGUACUUUGGAACUGCCACUGAGGAGGUGAGGACGUACCGCCUGGCGAUCGACGAGAAGACAUACUACGCGAGGUUUAUAGAGAGGCUACCGCCGUACCAAGGGGAUAUCUUGGAUCUGCGAUGUGGCGUGAUACAUGGAGAGGUCGAGAUCAUGCACAUAGAUGUGGUUAGCAUGCGGGAGCUUGCGAGGUUGCGGAGCUUUCUGGCGACUGAGGACGGGCAGCAGUUCAUGAAGUUGACUGGCAUCGACUAG